UUGACAGGAAAACGAGAGAGGGUUUCUUCUUAAAGUGUGUUCUGUCAGUGCUUCACUCUUAUUGCAAAAGAGGUCAAAGUUGCAAGAGUAGGAGGUGCAGGAAGUGAAUAUGUAAAGAGUGACAAAACAGAACAGUUUAAAAGUGGAAAGCUUAAGAAAUGAAAACUGCAGACAGUGGGAAUCACUCUCUUUAUCUGCAGUUUUGAAGGGAUUUUUUUCUGUGCAGUUUAUAUCAGAUUCACCCUCCCCAUCUGCAGAAGGAGAUGAGAGGAGGGGGAUCCAAUUUUAGGCUGAUUGGUAGAUCAUGGUGACUCACUCAUUCCAAUAAAGAUGAAAUAAAUGAAAGCAGGCUCGAUUUGAAAGUAUUUUUCAAUGAAACAUUUACAUGAGUUAUAAAAAUAUAAAAAAAAAGUUUUCCAAAGUUUCUGGGGCGGGGCAUGUCGCCCUCUGUUGGAGAUGUUUGCGCGUCGAAAAUAUGCGUGUUCCUUUAGUCACUAUCCAUAAAGCGGAUGAGGAUGAGUCCUUAAUGACUGGAGGGGACAAAUCCUGACGACAGUGCCGGUAUUACGCAGCAGCAGUCGGACAGGUGGCUGUCAUCAUCAGGAAACGCGCAGAGGACGAGAUCGAGAUGUUUGACAAAAAAUCUAGCUGAGCGCAGAAAGAGAGAGAGGGAGGAGAGGUGAAUUCAAAGUGACUUCUCAGGUGGCUGCAGACCCAAACACAAGUAGACAGACAUCGGGUGUGCCCGUGCGUCUCUUACAGCACCCGACAAGAAGAAAUAGAGGGAAAGAGACAGCGAGGAGAGAGAGCAGCACCAGUAGUCUGACAAAGCUGCGCUCCUUCCAAGUUUGACAUCUCCAGCGGGAUACAGAAGGAGUUCUGCUCCGCCGAUGCCAUGGAGCCUCGGAAGCGCACUGGAUCUGUAUUAGUUGGAGUUUACCUGUGGGCGACAUUCUGCUGUCAAGGAUGUCUUGGCGGUGUCCACCAGAGGAAGCUGUACAGUGACCUGAUGGUGAACUACAAUCGACUUGAGAGACCUGUUCAAAACGACUCUGCACCAAUUGUGGUGGAUCUUGGCCUCACACUGCUGCAGAUCAUCGACGUGGAUGAAAAGAACCAAGUGCUGAUCACGAAUGCCUGGCUCCAGCUGUAUUGGACAGAUAUUUACCUCGCAUGGAACCCAGAGAGCUACCCAGGGGUUCAGAGCAUCCGCUUCCCCUCCAAUAUGGUUUGGGUCCCAGAUAUCCUGCUGUACAACAGUGCGGAUGAGAGAUUUGAUGCUACAUUCCAUACAAAUGUGCUGGUCAAUGCUUCAGGAUCCUGCCAGUACAUCCCACCAGGUAUUCUGAAAAGUACCUGCUACAUUGAUGUACGAUGGUUCCCAUUCGAUGUGCAGAAGUGUGACCUAAAAUUUGGCUCCUGGACCCACAACGGCUGGCUGGUGGAUCUGCAGAUGAUGGAUGUGGACAUCUCUACCUACAUACCCAACGGAGAGUGGGACCUUGUAGGAGUGCCAGCAAAGCGAAAUGAGCUGUACUACGACUGUUGUAAGGAGCCCUACCCCGAUGUGACGUUCACGGUCACGAUGCGCCGCAGGACUCUAUACUACGGCCUCAACCUGCUCAUCCCCUGUGUGCUCAUCUCUGGUCUGGCCUUGCUGGUCUUCCUGCUUCCUGCUGACUCUGGAGAAAAGAUCUCACUGGGCAUAACAGUGCUGCUGUCUCUAACAGUGUUCAUGUUACUGGUAGCAGAGAUCAUGCCUGCCACUUCAGACUCUGUUCCUCUGAUUGCUCAGUACUUCGCCAGCACCAUGAUGAUUGUGGGCUUGUCUGUGGUUGUAACCGUGCUGGUUCUACAGUUCCACCACCAUGACCCCCAUGGAGGGAAGAUGCCUAAAUGGGUCAGAGUCAUUCUCCUCAACUGGUGUGCUUGGUUCCUCCGCAUGAAGAAGCCUGGAGAGGAGAGACGAAGAGUCGUGAAUUCAAGUAGUCCUUUGACCUACAAGUAUCCCCAUUCUCCUCCUCACCACACCAGCACCAGUAGCAUUCAGAUGAACACCAUACCAGGGCAGGCGUCCACCCAAUCAACCACCACCAAUGGGAGCAUGAACCUGUACUUUGGUUACCAUUCAAUGGGCACAGACAACCCAGCUUUUCCACCAAGCACUGAUUCAGGUGUGGUGGUGUGCGGUGGUGGAGGAGUUGGGGGAAACCACCUUAAUGGCUCCUCCCAGCAUGAUAUAAUCUCGGAUCAGACACGGACUUUGCUGUUGGAGCAGGUUCCGGAAAUUUCUCGGAUCCUGGAGGAGGUGCAGUACAUUGCAGGCCGCUUCCGGGAACAGGACGAGGGGGAGGCAAUCUGCAGUGAGUGGAAGUUCGCAGCGGCAGUCGUGGAUCGGUUAUGUCUGGUGGCUUUCUCGCUCUUCUCCAUCAUCUGCACCUUCACCAUCCUCAUGUCAGCACCCAAUUUCAUUGAGGCGGUGUCCAAGGACUUCACAUAAGGCUGAUCUCUACCCUCUCUGAGGCAAAAGAGAGGCAAAGUCAAUAGUAAAAAUCCUGACACGAUUAGAUGUGUGCCACACAAUACAACUACGAUGACUUUAAAAUCGUCGUUCCUGUACAUCAGUACCAAUCAUUUCCCUCUAUCCAUUAUAUAUGUGUCAGUAGUAAAUGGUUUGGGUGAUGUGGUUUUUCCCUGUCAGGGUGGCUCCCCCAGCUCACACCAUAUGUACAGUGUGCCAUGUAGCGGGUUGAGACUACAUACAGUAGUUAACGAAGUAGAAACUCACACUAAUGCACUUUUUAUCUGUAUCCCAGCUGCACCACAUCAUUUACAUGCCACAGCUUUGGCUUCUCAUCUCAUCAGAAAAUCCUGUUUGCACUCUUUCCCUUCCAGCUCUUUCUUUUCAGCUACUCUUCUUCCCAUUUCCAGGGUCUGUCACCUCUGUGUAUCUUCUAGAAAUGGCUCAAGUAAAUGCUUUCAGCAGUUACAUAAAAUAAAGUCAGUCAGUGUUUUUUCAGGCCACUAUGCUUUUUUUUCCUAUUUUUAAAUAAACAUGUUUUAGUGUAAUCUGAUUAAGCUGAAACGUAAUCUCGACACACUCACUCACAGCUCUUUCAACUAGGGCUCCAAUAAGUGAUUAUUUUCAGAUAAUGCCAAUAUGCUUCUUGAUAAUUCUAUUUCUCAACCAGUAUACAAAAUUCCAGAAAUUAAAGGAAAAGCUCUGUUAUUUCCCCAAGCCAAGAGAUAGUUUCAUUUCACCAGCAGUCCAAAACACUAAUACAGUCAGUUUUCUCUCACAUAUAACAACAACAACAAAAACAUUCAUUAAUUUUUUUCUAUUAUCUCUACCAUGUCACUCUCUUGUUAACAUACUCCAAUCAGCCACGACAUUAAAACCACUGAUGGGUAAAGUGAAAAACACUCAUCAUCUUGUUACAGUUUUCUGUUGUGAAACCUUGGGUCAGGGUUAUUACCCUGACACUUACCACCCAUUAAAACAUUGUUGCAGAGCAAGCACAUCCCAUCAUGCCCAUGACAUCCCCUGAUUAUAGUGAAGUGCCCCAGCUGGACAAUGCACCCUGCCACACUGCAGAAACUUCCAGAAACAUGAUACCGGAACCCAAGGUGCUGACCUGGCCUCCAAACUCCCCAAAACCAAACCAGCAUCUGCAAGAUGUGUCAGAACAAACCAGAUCCAUGGAGGUCCAACAGUACAACUCUCAGGACCUAAAAGGAUCCACUGCUCACAGGUGUGCAGGUGGUUUUAAUGUUGUGUCUCACUGGUGUAUUCAUAUUAUUCUUGCCUUUCCUCAUUUGUUGAGCUUCCUUUUCUUACAACCAUCUUUUUGUCCAGACAAGUUCCACAGUCAUAAAUGUGGCUAAGAGAUCCAUCGGUAUCAGUGAAAGUCAUACUUAAAUGUGACAUUUCUGCUUUUUGCUCUUUCCAAGCCAUGUUAUUAAACUGUGAAGUAAUUCCACAAGGGAUCGACCAGAAUUUAUCUUAGCCUCAAUCCCUUGUGAAUACAGUUCAUUGAGUGUUGUUAGCAUAUCAUACAUUUUUUUAACAAAUAACUCUUUCAUUUACAAUGGAUUUAUUUUUUGAUGUGAUUUGGUGUUACAUUACUUGUGCGCUAGCUACAGAAUGUGUUGCCGUACUCUGAGAACAAUUAUGAAAGACGAACAAAUCAAGCAAUGAUUAAACGACAGUAUUUUUAAAUGUAUUUUGAGGGGACAUCACCCCAGUGGAGAUGCAUUUGGCACUAAUCUUUUUGUAGCGCAGAGUGCUUUGUGUGUGUGGUUUUUUUACUCUCUAAUACUCAGUGAAAGGUUAACACUUUUCCUUCUCUAAUCUCUUGCAACAACAUGCAACAAGGAUUACUGGGUGACUUUAUGUAACAGACUUGUGCUAAAUCUCGUCUCUUCUCACCAACCGAGCAUCCUCUCUGAUCUGGGUGGGCCGACAGCCACCCACCCUGAGUGUGGUUCUGUUAAAAGGGAGUUUUCCUGCCCAAUGUCGACAAGUGCUUGAUGGGGGAAACUAUUGGUUUUCUCUCUAUAACACUGAAUGGCUUUGACCUUUCUAUGUGAAGUGAUGUAUAUUCUAAUUUGGAGCGUUAUGAAUCAAACUAAAUACAAUUGAAUUCCUCAGAGGUAUAUGAUACGAGUGAAUUCCUACUGUCACACAUGCUACUCUACUCAUGGAGCUCUCUGACAGCGCUUGGCCAUUUUCAGUGCUGUUUUAAGAGAAACUCAGGAAGAAUGAAAGUAAGAGCAUACAGUACACUGCUUGACUACUCUCAAAAUAGCAACUGAAAUGGAAUUCAUGCUGUUCCAGUGAAUCAAUGGGCCAAGUUCAGACAAAUAACUGCCACCCGUUGACUGCCUGUCAUUACACUUCUACAUUGUAAACCAUCUGGCCAAUCUACUCCUAAUGGAAAAACGGCAAAAGGUGAAGCCAGUGUUGUCUGAAACACAUGCAAGGACUUUGCACUGUUGAUUUCAACAUUCAGCACCCAUUACACUGUUUGUUUUUAUGUUGAAGCUACAACAUUUGGCUUAAAGGUAACUAAAGCACUCAGUUGUUUUGUAACAAAAAAAUGUCCCAAAAUAGCAUUGGAGACACUAGUAUUGUAAUUUUAAGGCAAUAAUUAGCCUCUCACAUCUGUGUUGUGGAUAUGAAGCCAAGGUCUGUAGCUUGUAGUCUAAAAGCAACAAUCCAAUAUGGCAUUCAUCACUACUCAAACUGCCAUUCUGCUACAGGAAGAGUGAGACUAGUGGUUUACAUCUCUUGCCAAUCUUUAGAAUGGUCUAACUCUUGUCAAGAAAUUAGACUACCCAGAUUCUCCCCAAAGUUUGUGAAUACUCAGUUUGUUAUUGCACAUUGUGUUUGGAUAUUGUAAAUUGGAGUGGUUGAAACACAAUGGAAAGUAUUACUGCAAUGAGAACAUGAUUUGCUUUUGGUUUAUGACAAAUAAUAUGUGGGUAAAAAUACAUGUGGGCCAGGGGGAAGAUGGGUCUUGACUGCUGUAAGUAUGUUGCCUAAUAAAUCAAGGGAUAAUGGAAAACCUUGAUCAUUGACUCAUCUUGGAGAUUUGAACAAAGAUGCAAUGACUCAUAUUAGAUAUUGAAUGAGGAGUGUCUUCUAUGUACAUUUGAUGGACUGACAACUAAAGACAGCCAAUUAUAUAGAUUCUUUGUGAGACAAGCUGACCGAUUUCUACUGUUGCUCACUCAUGUUGAUGCUUGUUCAGCACGUUUUCCAUGUGAGAAGCAUCUAUGACAGUGAAAGUGUUCAAAAUGUGAACAGAGAAUUAGAUGUUUCAGAGAAAAAGACAUUGUGUAAUUCAAAAGACAGUAUGUUGAAGCUGAAACCACACAACUGGCUCCAUUAGCAGCAUUGCAAAGGUGAAACUAAGUACACUGAAAAUGACGGUGUGACUGUUUCCUUUUUGCCAUGCUACAUUUUUCUUUCUUUUAAAUCAGUGUUUUGAUCAAUUUGAGUGUCUUUUUCUUUGUGUUCUGUGCCUCUCUGCUCAGUAUGAUUCAUUCUCAUUUGAAUAAUGUACAUAAAUGCACACUGUACAUGACUAUUUUGAAAAAAAAUUGAAAUAAAUGAGAAACACAAUGA